AUGGUCAAGAGUAUUCGUGUUGUGCUUCAAAAAGUUGUGUCUACGACAACAAAUUCGUUGACCAACAUCGAUGUGACCUGUCCCCCAAACUGGACCCAACACCCGUCCUAUAAGAACGUUUGUUACCGUCUAGGUACCACCGCGGGAAUCUUCACGUCAGCCACCGCGGGGUGUGAAGCUUUCCUGAAUGGAUCCACGGUGGCCAAUGUGUACAAUCUGGAAAUCCACAACUUUCUCGCAGAUGGACUUUUGUCACUAGGUCAUGAAUAUUACACCGGUCUUAAACAAGUAAAAGGAGAGUCCGUAUUCACAGAGCUAAACAAUGAACUUCUGGGGACAUGGAACAAAUGGGGUACAGUCACAGGGGGCACGUGUACUGUGUACUCCAAUGAGGGAGGGGAGUGGGUGUGGCACACCAACACCUGUGACCAGCUAUGUCAUUACAUCUGUGAAUACAUUGUACCUACGCCAGGUCAGUUGCCCUUGGUGCUGGUUCCUGUUGAUAGUGUGCCUUUGUCGGGUCGUCUUGAGAUAUUCAUAAAUAACAUGUGGGGAGGUUUCCGGGAUUCAGGGCCAAAGGAAACGGUCGGCGUGGUGUGUCAGGACCUAGGUUAUCUACCAGAUAUAGGCGAGUCGUGUGCAGGUGCAACUUGUGGUACAGGCAAAAUUUGGUAUGAUAAGGUCAAAUGCAACGUAGAUUCUGCCAACAUGUCGGAAUGCCUCGACGGAGCCAAACUUUAUACCAGUGAUGACCACUCCAAAGACACAAUCAUCCGGUGCAAAGACACAACAACGGCCAAAGACACGACAACGGCCGAACACACAACAGCAGCUGAGGACACAACAACAGCUGAAGACACAACAACAGCUGAACACACGACAACACCACAGAAUGUUGUAACAACAGACCCAAUCACUCCUCAAGAUAACGUCAGCGUUAUAUAUCAUAACGUCACAACCACAGUGAACGUCACUGUUACUGAAUUUACAACAGUUUUCGCCACAACAACUCUUUGGGUUACAACAUCAGCAGUUUGUUGGUUCAGUUCUUCAAUUGAUGCAACACCGACUUCCACUUCUUCAUCAAGUAGUUCUGUUUUGUCAACAUCUACGUCGACUUCAACAACAACAACAACAACAACAAAGACUGAAUUAAACUACAAAGCCUUACCUGUGAUGAAGUCAAAAAACAGUGCCAAAUACUCGACGAAGACCCGCCAAGACUACAGACCGUCUGCUCAAGUUAUUGGAUCGUUUGGAAUCUUUAUUGUCGUCGGAAUUCUGGCUGCCAUAGUCGCCUUAGAUUUGGGAACUUUGGGAAAGGAAGUCAGUCGUAUUUGCAAAAAGAGAAACCGGAAGAAAAGUGCUGAUCCGAAUAAAAGCGACACUGCUUUAGAACUUGCCAGAUUUUCCCCUUCGUCUAUUAGAUCGUUAACCAAUAUAAGUAUCAACACUUUAGCGAAAAAAUCAUACGUGAAUACGAAUUGGCGUGACUGAAUAUCUGUAGUUGUAUUAAAUCAUUAACACGAGGCUUGCCUCAAAGCAUCUAUUUGAUAGUUACUGUAAUUGAGUUGAAUGCAUUCUUUGGUUCAUUGCGACAAACGAUAGUAGUCUUCGAUGAAAAUAUUUAUCCACUGAAAUUUGCUUGCUUUUAUAAUUAUUGAGUGAUAAACAAAUGCGCAUUUGAAGCGCAAUAUUGAUACGUUUAGGAAUACGUAGGAAUACGUUUUUCCUUAGUGAAUUAGAAGAUGUAAAUUCGACUGAGUAUCAAAUGGAUGUGAUAAAGCUGGAUUUGAUUGAUGUUGACUUAUUUUAUACUUUAGAGGUUCCUAAUUUUUCUGAAGAAGUAUAUAAACACAGCGAAAAGCACGCACUGCCGACUUGCUAG